AUGUCUGGAAACUAUAUGACGUCGACGAAUUCCGCAGCAGGUCAUUACGAUCCUUCUUUUGACACUGCCAGAGCAUCAUCUUCUUCCUAUAGAGGGCAAGAGGUCGGAAAUGAGAGCCAGCUCACAAACAUGAACAUGGACAUGACACAAAACAGUCAAGUACAACCUUAUCCCUUACUAUUCAAUACUGCAUCGGAGACCCCAAGCUUCCAACAUCUCUAUCAGCGAUGGUGGGAAGACGAUGCUCAAACCGUGCUGUGGAGUUUCGACGUUCGCCAAAUCAGUCUCGUCAUUCGAUUCGGCUUCUUCCAUGACAGUAACGAACCUCGCACAAUUCUGCAUCGCCGGAACGGCAACGUUCUCGAGACGUUUUUGAACUCUUUGUUGCCUCCUUACGAGUUACAAUUUAUUCCUACCUUGACGCAGAGCCAGAAAGUCGAAGAGAUCUUGCGAAGGUGUCAGACAACGAUGCCCAUGAACUUGCAGUGGACUUGGUAUCCGUCGCAAGCUCUUCGGGGCCCCGAGCCUUCGAUCAUUGCGGAUGAGAUUGAGACCGAGAGUCAGAUGCAUUUCAAGGCGGUUCCGUUCGAAGCGUGGGUGAGAUGUUCGUUGGGAUUCCCCGCGGCUGAAGUAGACUGGUUCUUUUUGCAGCAUAAUGCAUUGUAUAUCAUUCUUUUGAGCCAUUUGCAGGCUCAUCGAUACGAGCUUCCCAAGUACCGGGAAGUCGAGAAGUUGCUUCGACAAAAAAGUCCAUUUGCCCACAAGGCUAUUGUGCAAUGUCUCAAUCACUUUUCAGAUGGAAAGGAACUCCAGCAAAGUAGCAAGUCAAGUCUUGAUUUUAUUGCCGGCCCUAUACAAGACUUGUUUCAGAAAUAUCCCGCCAACCUGAUAUCCAUACUGAAAAAGCUCAGUGUCAUCGCUAUCCGAUUCCGUCAGACAUACAUACAUGUACCAAAUGUAGACUGGCGCAAAAGACUGGACACCCGAGUGAAAUAUCUGGACGAUCUAUUGGCGGCUCUUUCACCAACAGAUUUGGCAAGAUCAUUGACUCGCUCUGAUCAGGCAAGGUUUGCUCAAUUGUCGCGUGAACAGCUCAUGGACGAACAGAACUCGAUUACUGAGGUCUUGCAUACGCGCUGGUGCGAUCUAGUCAUGGCUGUUAGGGAGUGCUGUACUGCCAUGCCGGAGUUUGUGCAAUUCAUUCAGGAAUGUAUUCAGAUCCUUCAUAACAUGCGAAACUAUAACUCAACUCUCGCUCUGAUUCACGGCCUCCAACACAUCAGCAUAAGCUUUCUCUGGGUCAAUUCAACCACCACAUCCAACACUGCGGACGCUCAAGCAGUCAACGUCUAUUCCCUCACACCACAAAACGUAUCAUACCUAUUAGACUCCUCCAACAACUACGCCUCAUACCGACACGCAAUGAAAGUUACGCCCGGCAUACCCUUCCUGCUUCCACACAUCAUCGAAUAUCGCCAACGCGGUGAAGCAGCUCUUGAUGAGUUGUUCACCAUGACCUAA